AUGCGGAUCCCAUGGCUGCCGCCUGUGCUGCUGCUGCUGACCGCCUGCACCUUGAGCACCCAGAGGAAGCGCCUCGUCUACUUCCGGGAGGAGUUCAAAGAUGGGGUUCUGCGCCCGACUGAGCGCUUGGUGCACAAGAGCUCAGAGAUCUUAAGUCAUUCAUCUGAAUGUGUGUUUUGUUUUUUUUUUUUCCUUCUUUACUCCAUAGAUGGAUGGACAAAGCGAUGGGUACAAUCUAAACAUCAGUCAGAUUACGGAAAAUUCCAGCUUAGUUCGGGAAAAUUUUAUCAAGACAAAGAAAGAGAUAAAGGUCUCCAGACCACGGAAGAUGCCAAGUUCUAUGCCCUUUCCACCAGGUUUAAGCCAUUCAGCAAUGAGAAUGAGACCUUGGUGGUUCAGUUUUCAGUAAAGCAUGAGCAAGGCAUCGAUUGCGGUGGGGGCUACGUGAAGCUCUUUCCUGCCUCACUCGACCAGGAUGACAUGCACGCUGAGUCCCAGUAUUACAUCAUGUUCGGCCCAGACAUCUGUGGCUUUGGCAACAACAGACUACAGGUCAUCCUCUAUCACCAAGGGAAAUACCAUGAGAACAACAAGACCCUCAAGUGCAGGAUUAAUAAGGACACUCACCUGUACACCCUGAUCAUCCGCCCGAACGCCACGUACGAGGUGAAAAUCGACAACGAGAAGGUGACGAGCGGAACGCUGGAAGAAGACUGGGACUUCCUGCCUCCCAAGAAGAUUAAAGACCCCUACGCCAGGAAACCAAGGAAAUGGGAUGAGCGGCUACAGAUAGAGGAUCCUGACGAUAAAAAACCUGAGGACUGGGAGGACUCUGAGUUCAUACCAGACCCGGAAGCCAAGAAGCCGGAUGACUGGGAUGAGGCGAUGGACGGGGUGUGGGAAGGGCCGCUGAUACGGAACGCCAAGUACAAGGGAGAAUGGAAACCUCGGAUCAUCGACAAUCCCAAUUACCAGGGGGAGUGGAUUCACCCAGAGAUAGACAACCCCAAAUACAGGCCUGACCCCACCAUUUGUCACUAUCACAACAUCAGCGUCCUUGGCCUGGAUCUUUGGCAGGUGAAAUCGGGCAGCAUCUUUGACAAUUUCCUUCUAACGAAUGAUGAGGAGUUUGCUGAAGAGGUUGGAAAUAUGACCUGGGGGUUAAGAAAGGAUAUAGAACAGCAGUGGAGAGAGCUGUAUGAAGAAAUGGAGAAAAAGAAGGAGGCGGAAGAGGCCAAGAAGAAGAGGGAGAAGGAGCGAGCCAGGGAAGAGGAUGUGUGGGGGCUGGAUGAGGAGGAGGAGGAGGAGGAGGAUGGAGAGGAGUCCGACGAAGCAGAUGAAAAGCCCAAGCAGAAGUACAGCGCCGGGAGGACAGCUCUGGGCAAAGAGGAAGCCCACUUUGAUCAGAAGGACGAACUGUAAACGCGGAGAGAGUAACUGUUCAAGGAAGCCGGAGACAGUGCUCAUAAAGGGAACUGGCCAUAAGUUAGCAGAUUACGGGAAAUAAAAUGCCUCGCUCUUCUCCGAUAAACUUUGGAUUUAUAUUUUCACACCCCCUCCCCACUCCUUUAAAGAAAAAGUAGUUAAAAGUACUAUCAUUGUUACGGUGUUUAUGAAAUGAACUGUUGGCAGGCAAGCUUCUGUUUACACUUGGUUCUCACUCUCAGGCGCCCUGUGCGCCUGGGUUUUCCUUCUGUUUAAGUGUACGCGUUUCUUAAAUCUACUGUGCAGCGCUGACGGUUGUACCCAGGGUUUCCUCUUCUGGGUGUCCUGACUGAGCCCUAAAACCAAAAUCAGAACAGCCUCAGAACGCUGAAAAAUACUUCCUGGAAGUCACUUUGCCUGCUGUUCAUGACCUAAUGUUUAAAUGACUGUCCCUUGCUGGCAGGUUUGCUGUCUUGUUUCUAUCUUUUUUGUUCCACCUGCUCUUAGCACCAUUAUCUCUUGCAUUCUUGUAGUUCUUUUCGGAUGAGAAAGCAUUUUCCCAAAGCGUGCCUACAAUGCACCCAUUCAGUCUGACAGUGCUCACUGCAAAGGUCAUUGCAAUCUUCAUGUUACAGACACAGAAACUUGUUGAGGGUCAGACAGUAAGGGACCGGCCAGCAUCUAAACGUGUUUGUCUGGUGGAAAAGCUUAUCCUUCUAC